CUGGCCACCUACCUGUCCGGCCUGGGGCUGCGCAUCGUGACCAUCCCGUUCGACCGCGAGUCGGGACGCACCGAUCCCGCCGCGGUGGAACGGGCGCUCGGCGCCGACACGGCGGCCCUGCUGCUUGCCUACCCGAACUUCCUGGGCGUGAUCGAGCCGCUGGCGAAGCUCUGCGAGCUCGCGCACGCGGCCGGAGCGCUGGCCGUGGUGUCCGCCGACCCGAUCGCGCAGGCGGUGCUGCGGCCGCCCGGCGAGCUGGGCGCCGACAUCGCCACCGCGGAGGGGCAGCCGCUCGGCAUACCGCUGUUCUACGGCGGCCCCUACGUGGGGCUGCUGGCCACCUCGAUGCGCAACGUGCGCCAGAUGCCGGGCCGCCUGGCCGGCAUCGCCCACGACGAGCGCGGCCGGCGCGGCUUCGUGCUGACCCUCAAGCCGCGCGAGCAGGACAUCCGCCGGGAGAAAGCGACCAGCAACAUCUGCACGAACGAGGCGCUGAUCGCGACCGCCGUGGCGAUCUACCUUGCGGCUCUGGGGCCGUCCGGGCUGCGCGAUGUGGCCGAGCACUGCUACCACCGCUCCCACUACCUGGCCACGGAGCUCGCUCGCGUGGCGGGGAUCGAUGCCCGGUUCUCCGGGCGUUUCUUUCGCGAGAUGGUCGUGCGCACGCCCGUAGCGCCGGCCGAGCUGAACCGGCGGCUCUGGGAGGAACACGGCAUCGUCGGCGGUUGGAUCUGGGCCGCUUCGACCUGGGCCUGGACGGCUGCUGGCUGCUGA